GACGCGAGUAGCUUGUCUUCGAACAGAGACCAUAGCGCCGAGAGGUGUGCAAUAACAGCAACAGUGCUGUUAUUUUAUCCUCCAAAUCUCAAUGAACUGUUUGCUAAGAAAGCACUGAUCUUGCCUGCAGCUUUUGCAGGGCAAAGGCAUUGAUCAGUGUAACCAAAAGUACAUUUCCUUUCCUUAUGAGAUUAUUUUCAUAGACUUUUAUUACUAGUCAUUUGUAAUAUACAUUCAUACAACCAUGGUGCUAGGGAAGGUUAAGAGCUUCACAGUAAGCUACGACUGUCUGAAUGACAGCAACGUCCCCGUUUUCUCAAGCGGGGAUUCGGUCUCAGGAAGGGUGAUCAUCGAAGUCACCGGAGAAAUACGCGUGAAAUCUCUCAACAUUCACGCCAAAGGAAUUGCUAAAGUUCGUUGGACUGAAUCACGAAAUGCUGGAUCCAAUACUGCCUACACUCAAAAUUACACCGAAGAGGUGGAAUACUUAAACCAUAGUGACAUCUUAAUCGGACAUGAAAGAGAUGAGGAUAACUCGGAGGAGAGUCUCACCACUCUCCAUUCAGGAAGACACGAGUAUGCAUUUAGCCUUGAGCUUCCACAAACACCUCUGGCUACCUCCUUUGAAGGCAAGCACGGCAGUGUCCGGUACUGGGUAAAAGCUGAACUACACAGACCCUGGCUACUCCCCAUGAAAGUGAAAAAGGAAUUCACUGUCUUUGAACACAUAGACAUCAACACUCCUCUGUUACUGUCUCCCCAGGCAGGCACGAAAGACAAGACAUUGUGUUGCUGGUUCUGCACCUCAGGCCCCAUCUCCUUAAGUGCCAAAAUUGAAAGGAAGGGUUACACCCCAGGAGAGUCCAUUCAGAUCUUCGCUGAAAUCGAGAACUGCUCCUCCCGCAUGGUCGUGCCAAAGGCAGCUGUUUACCAAACACAGACCUUCUACGCCAAAGGGAAGAUGAAGGAGGUCAAACAGCUCGUUGCCAACUUGCGGGGGGAGUCGCUGUCGUCCGGGAAAACGGAGACGUGGAGCGGAAAAAUGCUGAAGAUCCCACCCGUCUCUCCCUCCAUCCUAGACUGCAGCAUUAUCCGAGUGGAGUACUCUCUGAUGGUGUAUGUGGACAUUCCUGGAGCGGUGAACCUGUCCCUCAACCUGCCGUUGGUCAUCGGCACCAUCCCCCUCCACCCCUUUGGAAGCCGCACGUCCUCCGUCAGCAGCCAGUGCAGCAUGACCAUGAACUGGCUUAGCAUGGCCCUGCCGGAGAGACCUGAAGCACCACCGAGCUAUGCAGAAAUCGUCACGGAAGAGCACAGGCGGAAUGGCCAGGACGUGGCUGCCGCUAGGGACGAAUUUGAGGGCACACUGUUCGCUUACAUACAAGAGUUCCGUUUCCAGCCCCCUCCACUCUACUCUGAGAUCGAUCCAAAUCCGGAUCAGGUCAGCGGAACCGAGGAAAGGAGGCCUGACACCUGUCCAUCACGCUGAAGGGCACGCCCAACACCCGCCCAGUGUAGGCGGUCCUCUUGUCAGUUCGUUUUUUUUUCCCCCAUGAUGGCAUCCUCAACUUGCUGCAAACGUUGAGAGGAAAAAAAACAAAUAUCCUAAGUGGACGCGGUCCUUGCCCGAGAUGUGCAGGAAGUGUCCGACAGGUCACUUCCUGUCCACCCUGGGUCAGACGCAUACAAACACACCAGACUUCUGCCUGUUGAGUGUUUUUUAUUAUAAUUUUUUCCUGGUUUCCUCCGUGACCUUGGCAUUUACAUGACUCUAACCCAGUAGAGCUAUCGCAUCGAGAACUGUGCCGAAUAAAGGAAAAAUUAAAGAAAAACAGAAACAAACAUCUGUAGUGCUCAGCAACAGUCGACUACGGAGCAAAGACUACACGCCUCCUGCCUCAUUUGGAAUUUUGCACAUAUUAUUCUUUGCUUUUGUUAUGUGGUUCCAUUUAAAAAAAAAAAAAACACUAAUUAUCAUUUUUGCCACUCGUAUAUGCUGGACUAAGUGACUGCAGGCUUUAACUCCUAGCUAACUCCUUGUCCGCACAACUAUGAACAAUGCAAAGGAGAACUUUAAGAAGAAAAACUGAAUAAGACAAAAAAAAAAAAAAACAAUGCACUGACUGGCUGUUCAGAUUUUUUUUUGUAACUUUCCUUAAAUGACAAAUAGUCUGGACUUCACUCAAGCUCUCUCUACGUGGCUUCAUAAGCUUGGAUCAAAGGGUGGCUUCCCCUUACUUCCUUAUGGUAUCACUUUGAUUAACUAAUUUUUCGUGUUCCAAACAUAGAAUGCCUUCGCGCCUAUAUUUUUAUUUUUUUCUUUACUUUUUCCCCCGCUGUGAAGCCUCUUUUAGUAGAUAGAACAGCAACAGGUGUGGAGCACUCAACGCUUGCAUGCGUCCGGGCUCAGAGACAGCCCCCCUCCCAAACCCCGCCACGCCCACCGACCUGCGGACAGACGUGGGGCACGGUGGCAAAGAACGGCAGCGCGCGCCCAGCGUUGGCCGCGGAACGUCUGUUGCCUUUCUGCUGACAUCACAGAACAGCGCUGUGUCGCGUACACACUGCCUAAAAGCACUCAAUACUCAGGAGACCUUCUCACUUUGCCAAACAUGCUACGUUUCAUUUUGGUCGCACUAUUUGAAAAAUGGCGAAUGUAAGAAGGAAUACAAGGAAAAAAACAAACCACCAAACAAAAUUUCAAGGGAGGUGGGGAGCCGGGGGGAGUGGGUUGUGGGACGCCAGGCAUGGGGCGCGGGGGGGGGGAAACACACAGAGAUGCAAGGUAGCAUUCAAAGACGAAUGACAUUCCCUUUUUGUCCUGCUGUUCCUGCAGAAUCGACCAACGUUUCCCGUCCAGUGAAGCCAAAAAAGAAAAAAGAUAAAUAUAAGAGGAAAAAAAAGUGAGAGAACAGAGUGUCACAGCAGCCAAGAGAGGCACAGAGUGACCUGGCAGAAAAGCAGAAUGCAGUCGAGCCACGGUCCAAACUGGUCAGAACAAGUAGUUGCAUGUUUAAAUGAGUAAUACAUUGGUUUUCAAACUCAUUUAGUGAUAGAAGACUAGCAAGACCGUGGUUUCAGCUGAGCCUUAACUAAAGAGCACUUUUAAUAAAAAAAUAAAAAAAUAAAUAAAAAAAGGUAACUUCUUUAAGGUGAAGGACUGGCAAACGUUUGGUCACCACAUAGGUUUCCCUGAUGAUAUGUUCUCAUUAAUUAAGCAGUAUUGAAAAAUAAAUGCUUUCAUCUGUUAAGAAUGCGAAUAGUAUUAUAAAAGUUUACAGUAGCUUUGUGCUAUUUUUUGCGCGAUUAUGCGUGCGCAUGUGUGUUGAACCAGCAAGAAAUUAUGAGAACACUUUAUCAACAUAACCAAUGGAUUUAUGAUUU